CCUAGCAUUCCUCGACCAAUGCUGGCACUUGCCUCUUCGCCUUUGUUGAGGACACUGCUGCUGACCAGAGAGGCUUCUGCUUCGCAAUCCACAUCGAAUGUCCAUUCAUUUCAUACCCUCGUAGAAAGCCAAUAUGAGUUCUCUUCCAUUCCAGAAAGGCGUCGCCAAGAGGCCGCUCCGCUCUUCGUCGCUUUCUCCCGUUCUGAGUCGGAGCCACAGCAACUGGGGCAGGCGUCGUUGGCCACGAUGGUUCCAUGAGCGGAGUGACGACGAAUGGCGCAACUUCCAAGCCCAAGUGGAUCGUUUUCAAAAGCAAAUCAAGGAAGACCCGUAUAAUACCAUUUUUGGUCGCUCGAACGACAUGCUCCGUGGCGUCUUUGAAGACACUCCCUCGACCGCCAAGCGAUCGCGGACGGUUGACGCCAACAACGAACUGCCUAGUGAAAAACCCAUGUCACGCCGAGACAAUCAUAAUGCAUUUGACGGGAAACCCAUCAACUUGGGCAAGGCGUCAUCUUCCGAUAGCCAGUGGCGGUCUUCGAGCACACCGUUUGCUUCCGGCAGGGCGCCAGUGACUGCUACAUCGCCGAAAGAUACAGGCGCAUCCUCGCCUAUGAACCCGCCGCAAUCCGAACUCAUGUAUGACCCCAUCUCUGGCCGUAUGAUUGCUCUCCCUCUGGCAUCUACAAAGAAACCGGCAUCCAAGAAAAACAAUGAUGAUGCCGUGGACAUCCCUGUGAAGCCAUCCCAUGUUCCAGGAGACGCACAUGCAACGAGCCCCAGCAACACCGAAAACACUCCCAACUCACAAUUGGAUGAUGCGUUAAGCAUCUUUGAUCGGAAUCAGAGGGAACCAAACAACAAGUCAAAAGAUAGGCUGUCCAAGGAACACUUUAUGGAAACCCGUUCUACAUCAUCCCAUGACCAGCUUGCAGCAGAUGAGCAAGAACAGCUCCAGCGAAGCUUGGCCGACUACGACACUCAUAUGCGGAACCAGCCGCAACAGGCACCUGCUUCUCCUGAAGAGUGGCUUGUCCAGGAAGAACACUCGAGGAGUACGGCCCGUAAACCAUGUACCCCAACGCAACAACCACACCAGAGAAAUGCUGCAUCUUCCAACAAUGAGUGCCAAGAUCAGAUGGAGCCUGACAGGUCUUUGAAGUCUAAAGUACGCAAGCCUAACCUGCCUCCUGACGACAUUGACUUGAUGACUGCUACCGACGUGAGGGCACGCAUGGGAAUUAAAAGAAAUCCAUCCAAGGGGACUGGUGAACAAAGGGAAGAGGAGCGGUCCAAACUGGAAGAAGAUUUCGAUAAAGUCCACCAGGAAAAAGACUCGGUCGAUGCCUGGGGAUACAGCCUCAAGCCCCAGGGUCUCGAGACCUCAUAUGUAAGGGAAAAACAAGCUGGGGAUGCUGGAGCACAUAGCUCCAUGAAAGACAAGCGGUAUGAGACUGCUCUCGAACGGCGUCUUCGGGGUGCCAAUGCCACUCAAGGUUCAUCUGCAUCAAAAACUGCCACCGAUCCAUACGGCUAUCCCCUGACACCAAAGGGACUGGAAACAUCAUAUGAGCAUGAGGUUACUGCAUGCAAAAACGGUGAACGGAAGUCAUUAGAGGACGAACUCCAAGAACAAGUAUUCGGGAAACACAACACUGGCAAUAUCACCGAUGAACAUGACUUUUCCUUCAAGCCAAUGGGAUUGGAAACAUCUUAUCAACGCGAGCUUGAGGCUUGCAAGAAGGGCGAACGACCGUCACUGGAAGAAGAAUUAGAGUCGGGUAAAAACCUCGACGGCGACUCUAUCCAGGCUUCGGAUGUCAACAAAGGCAAGGUUUCUCAAAAGGUUGAAGAGGAACUUGAAAAGGCACGCCAACAGCGCCUCCGCACCAUUUCUCUCGUUGAUCAAGUGCGUGAGAUUUACGAGAAGUAUUACGGCAAAAUACCUGAUAACAAAAGCCAUCAGCCAUUAAAGGCCUCGACUGUCGUUACAGAUCCCGCGAACGAGGGGCGUAUUGAUGAGAGCGUUCACAACUGCUUGGCUGACUACGAACGUAUAAACAAAAAAGCAUAUCUAAAUGACCUCAUCGGCAAAGUACAAAAAGCCUCGACUAUCACUACGGAUCCAGUAAACGAAGGCCGAGUUGACGAUAGCAUUCAUGACUGUUUAGCCGACUACGACCGCAAAAAUCCAAAUGCAUACAGCUUUACCAAAGACAAGCUUGAAGAGGAGCUUGCAAAGCUGAACCAGCCACCUUCGGCUACAUCAACCGUUCCAGGGACGGAGCAAACAGCUUCUGAGCAACCAUUAACAGAGAACUCCAAGACGAGCAAAAGCGAGUCCGGAGACACGAAGUCCUCGGCACCUUCCACAAACACUUCGCACAUCUACAAACUGCUUGCCUACGACCGUAGCAAGAAAGCGAUCACGACCUCUCACGCAACCUCCACAGUCAACAGUCCCAAUGAGCAUGCGAUCCCACUCAGCAUCGCCCUCUCCAAGCUCUCCCAACCUGCCCACUUUCUUCCGCAGGUCUCUGCUCUCUCAGAAGAAGGCUACGAACCCGUGGCGUCGACAGCGAACUUGCUCGUCCUACGCCUAAAGGGCACGGCUGAUCCCGCCACCAGCUCUGCUGCUGCCACUGCCACGGCGCCUCGCCCCAACCCCGUCGACGGGACCACGAUCCCGCUGCCACCCACGCCCACGAUGUCCCCAACGGGCUACGUCAACCUCGAACCCGUGUUUGAGAAGCCUGCCGCGACGAGCGAGGAGGCUACGACUGGCGGUGAGCGCAUGCGCAGGACCGAGGACGCCUACUCUGGCGGUAGUAGGAGAGAGCGCAGAGAUAGGGGCCAUGGCGUUGCGACGGUGGUGCAGACGAUGGUGUGGGCUGCUGCGACGUGCUACGUGGCGGGCGUUUUUGGCGAGUUGUUGAAGUGAGAGAGAAGUUAUGAUUGUAGUGAUUUCUUUGGAGUAGAUGGAGUCUUGGGGUGUGUGGGGAUUAUGGACGGACGGAGUCGUAGGUAUGAAGCUUUUUUUGUUUUUGAUGUUCUGUUGGAUGAUGAUCUCUUUUACUUUUCUGAUUUUUUAUAUUGAUGAAUCUAUGGGUGGGUUUUACUUGUAGUGUACCACGAUAUCCCUGCUUAGGUAUUUCGUUGUGGACGAAUGGAAAUACUUUGCUCAUUAAAGUUAGUAGUAUUGCCUGUUAAGCUCAUACUUCUUAUUAACUAUUCCAUCUAAGCAACCGAACAUCUAAAGUUGUCGUCCUGCAGGUAUCUACUCCUCUAUCUGUCCCCUUUAUAAACGGGCAGAACUCAACUUACUAUUAUAGUGAUAAAUCAGAAAACAAAAGCAAUUUGAUAAUUAGAGAAGUGAAAAUGUGUGCUAUCUACGCAGUACGUGUGCCUUUUUCCUUUGUAUCAUAAAGACAAGAAAGAUA